AUGGCGUUCAACGAAACAAACUAUGGUUGCUACUUCAUCAAAUCAUGCAGAGAUAAUAGCCAUUCACGAAGCAGAUCGAGAAUGUGUUUUGUUGAGACCGAUAUUCAACACAUUCAGGUUGCAUGCGACCUCUCUUCAAAAGGCAAUAUUCUAACAACAUUGUAUGAAGACAAUAUUGCAUGCAUAGCUCAACUGAAAGGAGGAUACAUCAAAGGAGAUAGAAUAAAACACAUUUCACCAAUAUUCUUUUUCACUCAUGAUCUUCAAAAGAAUGGUGAAAUAGACGUUCAACAAGUUCGUUCAAGUGAUAAUUUGGCGGAUCCGUUCACUAAGGCAUUACCAACCUCAACAUUUGAGAAGCUGAUAUACAAGAUUGGAAUGCGUCGUCUUCGAGACAUUAAGUGA